AUGAACAAUACAGCUGCUGAUAAAACCACUGAAGGCCAGGGUGAAGAACGCAAGAUUGAAGUCUUGGACGAUACUCAUCUCGACUUCAUCAGCGCAGACUCGGAAUUGACCCAGGAUUUGCCUGAUGAUGUUGAGAUCAUCGACUUGGUCCAUUUGAAAAUUCAGUCACUUGAAGACCUGAACCUUUACAGGUUUAAAAACCUGAAACAGCUGUGCUUGAGACAGAACCUGAUCGAAAGUAUAAGCGAAGUGGAAGUAUUGCCCCAUGACAAGAUCGUUGAUCUGGAUUUUUAUGAUAACAAGAUCAAGCACAUCUCUUCCAACGUUAACAAACUGACCAAAUUGACGUCUUUGGACUUGUCGUUCAACAAAAUUAAACACAUAAAAAAUCUGGAUAAUUUGACCCAGCUGGAAAAUUUGUUCUUUGUACAAAACAGCAUUUCCAAAAUAGAAAAUCUGUCCUCUUUGAAGUCGCUGAAAAAUUUGGAGUUGGGUGGUAAUAACAUUCAUUCCAUCGAAGCCGACUCUUUCGAAGGCUUGAGUAACCUGGAAGAGAUCUGGUUGGGCAAAAACUUCCUGCCAAGACUAAUCAACCUACAUCCCUUACAUAAUUUGAAAAUCCUAUCCAUUCAGUCUAAUAAAUUGAAAAAAAUCGAAAACUUGGAGGCAUUGACUAACUUGGAAGAGCUUUACCUAUCACACAACUUCAUUACCAAGAUCGAAGGCUUAGAGAAAAACUUAAAGUUAACCACUCUGGAUGUCACAUCGAACAAACUCACCUCGUUGGAAAACCUUGACCAUCUGUCUCAGUUAACCGACAUAUGGGCCUCAUUCAACCAGAUAGACCAAUCGUUUGAGAGUUUAGGCAAGAACUUGUCCAAUUUGUCACGUUUGGAGACCAUUUAUUUGGAGGGGAACCCCAUUCAGAUGGAAAAUAAAACUUCUUAUAGGAGAAAACUAACUAUGAAUCUGCCUCCAUCUCUGGAGAAGAUUGACGCGACGUAUAUAAGAGGUUGA